UCUCCCAGCGUCGUCUGGAGUUCUAUAAGAGUGAGCAACGUCUCUCAGAUGUGAGGACAUGCAUUUAUUUUCAUCACCGCUUGGAUAUUAUUAUAAUUUGCUGGACAUUGGACAUUCACAUCCUACAAAUGCUUGCACAAGAUACCGGGAAUAGAUAUUGUUUUUGAAUAAACAUUGUUGGCCAAAACGCAAACAGACUACUAACUUCAAGGCUAAGAAAAUGUUUGUAUUUAUUCAUGGCGUGUUUCAUUCAGCAUGUGCAUAGCUUUGUUGGAAUAAUUUUCUGCUUCGAUCAAUUCUCCCCUGGAUUCUAAUAUCUUGUGUAAAAAAAAGCAGUGAACCAGCUCGUAUUGUGGACAUUAUAUUGGAAUAUUCAUUAAGCGCUUCUGAUAUAUUUUGUUUUUGAGGAAGAUUCUAAUCAUAUGUAUUUUAUUUGAUGCUUCGUCACCCUCCAACGGUCGUCUGUACAAAUACCACUGUCAGUUAAUUUUCAGAGACGAACCACUUUAAUAUCUUCGAGACAUCUCGAUAAAAACCCUUUACGAUGCCUCGCCGAGACGUUGAAAUUGGUGACCAUCAUUAGAACCAACAUUCUAUUCACUUAAAGAAUUAUAUCUGCUGCAGUUGCUCGCAUUAUCAUUUCGAAUCUGGAUUCGGAUAGAACAUCAAAGAACAAGUCUAUUUACUGGAUGAAGUAAGGAUCAUCACCGUGUGUGCCAAGAUACGAAAUAUUGCCUAAAGUAAUCCGGCAUAGCAGUCAGUGAAGAUCGGUUUCCCUGAUAUUUUUGAUCUAUUUGUGCACGAGAUAUUUUGACUCAAAAUGGAAUUAUCACUUUUUCUGCGGACAUUGUGUAAUAUCUGCUGCAUAGCUUUUGUGGCUGGAAGGGGAACUAAAAUAUACGUGCCAUUGGACAACAAGAUAGGGCAAGAUUCAGGUGGGACAGUCCAAAGGGUACAGACUGGUGGCUCCUUGAGACCUCCUUCAAUCACCCCUGGGUCUAGGACGCACUAUUUUCCAUCGGGACAGAGACCUAUUGUUGGACAACAACGGCCGAGAGUGGUACCGAGGCCUGUGGUCCAAAGACCUGUAUUAACAAGACCCCAGGUCACGACGCAUAGGAUGCCAACAAAUCCUGUAAGGACUAGACCUAGUGCAAGUAUUCCAAGUAGAACACAAACGCAACUGCAUGUCCCAGGACGGGGCACGAUUCACUCAAGGACUCCCUCCGGGACUUCACCCAUCGGGAAAUUUCCUUCUAGGACACAAGCGAACGCACGACCGACGAUUCCCCGGAGGACACCGGUUCGAACACCAGUCAGGACUCCUUCAAGAACACCUUCCAGAGAGCCAUCCAGGAACCCUUAUAUCUCUAGGACGCAGUUGUACAGUCAGUCAAGGACCCACACCACGCAGCAAGUAUUAACCUCAAGACACCUCCACGUGCAGCAUGGAGCCCUUCCUAAAACCCGCACCAAUGGAGUUUGCAGGUACCAUGGAUACUAUCCCAUCGCUUGUUGCACUGGUUGGAAAAGAGUAGUGAACCCUACUAAACCUUGGACCUAUUCCUGCAAACGUAAGUACAAGCACUGCCCGUAUUCUCUCUCUUUUUAAUAUAUACAUAUCUAUUCUAAUACGGUGUCGUUCUUUGUAAAUCUCCUAAGUAAUGUAACAGUAAUUAUGGUGGUGUCAUCUUUCGUCAAAUUCACCCGAAGGUGCAGCGAGGAACGCAUACGCAGCGUCUCCGUUGCCCCGCUUUCUGUUGCAUCUGUCACCACCUUGCAUCUCAUCCGAGUUUAUUUGGUAAGGCUCUGCCCCUUUUAGCUGGCCGAUUCUCUACUGAUUGACCUCCCAGACCCAGUGUCUAAAUACGAUCUCAGGAAUGAACUUGACACAAUUAUCCUGUCUUUGAUUAUAUAGGUCUUAUACGUUCACGCCCCUCUUAAUCUUAUGCGUUUCCCGGGUGGCAAGGGAAAGCUGUAUGUGAUAUCCCAGCCUUGCCCUACAACAUGUACAAGACAUCUCCCUUUUCAGGCAUGAUAAGUAUAUGUGGGUUCAGGGGUGGGAUGACCAAUAUAUGUAAUCAUAUCCAUUUGAAUAUAU